AGAGCCGUCAAAAAUGAAAAUUUUAAGACAGAGAAGAAUAAAGAAAGAAAUUACUAGGAAGAGAGAACUGGAGAAGGAGAUUCAUUACAUUUGCGGUUUGCCCUCCCUUUGACCACAAGAUUCUUUGACCAUCACCUCACCUCCUUCCUCUCCUUCUCCUUCCUCCCUUCUUCCUCAUCUCGCUGGAUUUCAUUUCAAUUCAUCAUUCAACAGCCUUUUCCCCCUUCUAUUCUAUUCAUAUAUCUUCACCUCUUCCCAUCCCCUUUCCCACAUGAUUCAGCCGAUCUCCCUCCAAUCCUUCGAUUUCCGAGCAAGAAGAGGAAAUCUGUAAAUGGGUAUCUGCAAUUCCACCCCCAAGGACAGCGCCUCCAGCAGCGCCGCCGCCGCCAAACCCGCCGCAGAAGCCCACCACGAAAAAGGCAACGCCGCCUGGCCCGUCACCAAGCUACGCCCCCACUUCGCGUCGAAGAAGCAGGAGGGCUCCCAUCACAAACCCAAGGAUAAUAAUAAUCAGAAGAAUAAGCAACAGAAGCAGAAGCAGAAGCAGAAGCAGUCUCCGCACAAUGUGAAGCACAACCCGAGAAAGCAGAAUUUGUCGAUCCCUUGUGGGAAAAGAACCGAAUUUGCGUACGAGAAGGAUUUUAAUGAGAGGUAUACGAUUGGGAAAUUGCUGGGCCAUGGCCAAUUUGGCUAUACUUAUGUUGCUGUUGAUAACCGCAAUGGCGAUCGUGUUGCUGUCAAGAGAAUUGAGAAGAACAAGAUGGUUCUUCCAAUUGCUGUUGAGGAUGUGAAGAGAGAAGUCGAGAUAUUGAAAGCAUUAGACGGUCACGAGAACGUGGUUCAGUUCCAUAAUGCUUUCGACGAUGAUUCAUAUGUAUAUAUAGUGAUGGAGUUAUGUGAGGGUGGAGAGUUACUAGACCGUAUAUUAUCUAAAAAAGAUAACCGUUAUGCAGAGAAAGAUGCAGCAAUUGUUGUAAGGCAGAUGCUGAAAGUUGCCGCGGAAUGCCACUUACAUGGUUUGGUACACCGUGAUUUGAAGCCCGAGAACUUCUUGUUUAAGUCGGCCAAUGAGGAUUCACCACUGAAAGCUACAGAUUUUGGACUUUCAGACUUCAUAAAACCAGGAAAGAAGUUCCACGACAUUGUUGGGAGUGCAUAUUAUGUUGCUCCAGAGGUAUUGAAGCGUAGGUCAGGCCCGGAAUCAGAUGUAUGGAGCAUUGGUGUAAUUACUUACAUUUUGCUUUGUGGCCGUCGGCCCUUUUGGGAUAAAACUGAGGAUGGCAUAUUUAAGGAGGUUCUCAGAAACAAGCCUGAUUUUCGGCGGAAACCAUGGUCAAGUAUAAGCGAUGCUGCUAAAGAUUUUGUGAGGAAGUUGCUCGUGAAAGAUCCCCAUGCAAGACUUACUGCAGCCCAAGCUCUAUCUCAUCCAUGGGUACGGGAAGGAGGUGAAGCUUCAGAUAUUCCACUAGACAUAUCCGUUCUAGCCAACAUGCGGCGCUUUGUGACGUACAGCAGAUUGAAGCAGUUUGCACUUAGGGCACUGGCUGGCACAAUUGACAAGGAAGAGCUGGCUGAUCUACAAGAUCAGUUCGAUGCAAUUGAUGUGGAUAAAAACGGAUCCAUCAGUCUCGAGGAAAUGAGACAAGCCUUGGCGAAGGAUCUCCCUUGGAAGUUAAAAGAAUCACGCGUUCUUGAAAUCCUUCAAGCGAUUGAUAGUAACACCGAUGGACUAGUAGAUUUCUCGGAGUUUGUUGCUGCGACUGUUCACGUGAAUCAGCUGGAGGAACACAACUCAGAGAAAUGGCAGAUGAGGUCCAAGGCCGCUUUUGAAAAAUUCGACGUUGACAAAGAUGGAUAUAUAACACCAGAGGAAAUCAAAAUGCACACGGGGCUAAGGGGUUCGAUGGACAUGCUUCUAGAAGAAGCGGAUAUCGACAAAGAUGGGAAGAUCAGCUUGUCAGAAUUCCGCAGGCUGUUGAGAACUGCGAGUAUGAGCUCGACCAGUGUCACUCCAAGAGGUAAUCAGCAUCAAAAAAAGAUGUCUUGACAAGCAUGGUUUCGGCUUGUGUAACUAAGUUUUGGGCGUUGCUCUCGUUCUCAAUCGUAGUUUGGUUUCUUGCUGUAAAUUGUUUGUUGCUGCUGUUGGACCAUCUUUUCACUCUUACAUGUAUGUAUAUACGUAUCUACCAAUUGAUUAUACUUAAGUAAAUGAAAUUCAUUUAAUUUCUCGUA